AUGGAAUUAAAUGGUAUAAAGAGGUACUCUACAGUUCAAUCACCGCCUCCUCACACGCCGUCAACCUCGGCGGAGCUGCUGUUUCAGCGGUGGAAGCUGAGGGCGACGCCGGAUUUGGAAGUCGAUCGCCACUGUGCGGAGCAGAUCGGACAAGGGGAAACGAGGGCGCGCAAUGAAAGUAUCGGGGAGGACGGGGAAGCGCAAAAGCAGUCGUGCGGGGAUUUUUGGUGGGGGAUCGGUUUCUUUCGUGAUAUUGAGGUUGCGAUUUUUGGUGUGAUGUUCUCCGGCGAUGUUUUCUUCGGAUUUAACAGAGGAUUGCGAGUUCCUUCAAUCCCAUUUGAGGUUCCAAUUAACUCUUGUUUGAAUCGUAUGGUUUCUGGACUUCUUUCGUCGGAGCAGACUGUUAUUGAUAGUGCGGGGCUGCUAGGGGAUUAUUCUGUUCAGGACUUGUGGUUUUUCUUCGUGGUUGAUAGAUUUAGAUCUCAAAGGAUGUGUUGGUUUGAAGGUGGUUUUGUGAUUUGUGGAUUGGUGUUUAAGAUGGAUUAUGGUCAUGCCGGGAUUACCUAUUGGAAUGUGUUUUUGAUCGCCAAUUGGAUAUGGCUGAACCGCAUUCAUGGGGAACAGAUUCAACAAAUAUUGCAGGCUAGGGAGCAGGGGAGCACCCCCAGACGUUCUACACCUAGUACACAACCGGUUUACAAGCAGUUUCGGGAGCUUGGACCGACGGAGUUCAAAGGCACCACAGACCCAAUCGCUGCAGAGGGAUGGAUUCGGUCUCUGGAAACGAUAUUUGAUUUCAUGCAGCUCACAGAUGCAGAUAAGGUCAGGUGCGCGAUAUUCAUGCUUCGGGAUGAUGCUCGGGUAUGGUGGGAGGGUGCGCGACUGAUUGUAGAUCUGACUAUUUUGACGUGGGCCAAUUUUAAGGAGGUAUUCUAUGGGAAGUAUUUCACAGUUGACAACCGGACACGACUGGCACGGGAAUUCUUGGACCUUCGUCAGGGAGAUAUGACGGUGGCAGAGUAUGUCAGGAGGUUCGAGAGAGGACGCUAUUUUGUACCUAUGAUUACCAGCCAACCAGUCGAAGAAUUGAAGCACUUCACCGAAGGGUUGAGGCCAGCUAUCCGUCAUGACGUCAGGCUGAGUCGGGUCACCACAUUCAGAGAGGCUGUUGACCAAGCGUUGAUGUCCGAAAGAGAUAGAAAUGACAUGAUCAAGGAAGCCCAGAACAAGAGAUUGAGUUAUCAGGGGCGGGAUCAGCAAGAGCCGGGAAAGAAGAGGUCAGUUCCGGGUCAGAAUCCAGGAAAACAGUCGUUUGAGAAGGCACAGCCGCGACAGCAAAUUCAGAAGACACAGGCAGCUAAAGGCACUGUUGUCAGAGCUGAAAACAAGGUUCGCUGUUCUAAAUGCGAGAAGAUUCACGCUGGGCAGUGUUUGACGGGUACAGAUGCUUGUUAUAUGUGUAAGAAGUCAGGACAUUUCGCAAGAGAGUGUCCAUUGCUCAAGGAGCCAACCAGGGGGAGAGUAUUUGCAAUGACUCAAGAGCAGGUGGAUCUGGACACAGCUAUUAUCACAGGUAUGAUUUAUAUCGCCAAUAUUCCAGCCUGUGUAUUAAUAGAAUCCGGAGCUACACAUUCCUUUAUAUCUGAGGCUUAUCUUACAAAACUGGGCAUUAAACCUGAACGAAUGGGUGCGGAAUAUAGCGUCUCGUUACCGUCAGGGGAGGAAUUGCAUAGCAACAGAAUGGUAAAGAACUGCCAGAUGAUGAUGCAAGAUCAUAUGGUGGGCGCGAGGCUUAUUGUGUUGGAAAUAACAGAGUUUGAUGUGAUCCUUGGCAUGGAUUGGCUGGUUCAGCACGAUGCAGUCAUCGAUUGUAAACAGCGGACGGUUAGGUUGAAGCUACCAAAUGAAAAACUCCUUAUUUUUCGAGCAGCUUCACAGAUAGCUGUACCCCACAUGAUCUCCAUGUGUAAAGCUCGACGAAUGCUAAGCAAGGGAUGUGAGGGGCUCUUAGUUCACAUCUCGGUUAAGUCGGGGACACAACGACCAAGUUUGGAGGAAGUGGAAAUAGCCCGAGAUUUCUCAGAGGUGUUUCCAGAAGAUGUUACAGGUCUACCCCCGACGCGGGAGGUGGAAUUCGGAAUACAACUGGUACCGGGGACUACGCCGGUGUCAAAAGCACCCUACCGGCUGGCGCCUACCGAAAUGAAGGAGUUGAAGGGGCAGUUGCAGGAAUUGCUGGACAAGGGUUUUAUACGACCAAGCGUGUCACCAUGGGGGGCUCCGGUGUUAUUUGUACGCAAGAAAGAUGGGACCAUGCGACUGUGUAUCGAUUACCGGGAGCUGAAUCGAGUGACAGUAAAGAACAAGUACCCAUUGCCCCGGAUCGAUGACUUGUUCGACCAGUUACAAGGAGCAACAGUGUUUUCAAAAAUUUAUUUGCGAUCAGGAUAUCAUCAGAUGAAGGUGAAGGAGGAAGAUGUGCACAAGACAGCAUUCAGAACCCGAUACGGGCAUUACGAGUUCCUGGUUAUGCCAUUCGGACUCACAAAUGCCCCAGCGACAUUUAUGGACUUGAUGAAUCGGGUGUUUCACUCCUACUUGGACCAGUUUGUUAUUGUCUUCAUUGAUGAUAUAUUAAUUUACUCUCGAAAUUGUCAGGAACAUCGUCUGCAUUUAACCACGGUGCUACAGACGUUGAAAGAACAUCGGUUGUAUGCUAAAUUUAGCAAGUGUGACUUUUGGCUGAAUCAGAUUCCAUUUCUAGGGCACAUUGUCUCAAGGAAUGGGAUAGAAGUGGAUCCAGCCAAAGUGGAGGCGAUUCGGAAUUGGGAUACGCCAAAGAAUGCUUCCGAGAUACGGAGUUUCUUGGGGUUGGCAGGGUACUAUCGCAGGUUCAUCCAGAAUUUUUCCCAGAUUGCCUUGCCGCUGACCUCGCUGACUAAGAAGGGGGUAAGAUAUGAAUGGACAGAUCGGUGCAAGAAAAGCUUUGAGGAGUUGAAAGGAAAAUUGACGACGUCACCCGUGCUUACGAUCCCGGAUGGUUCUGGACGGUUUGUGGUGUACACGGACGCCUCCAAAACUGGAUUGGGAGCUGUGCUAAUGCAGAACGGGAAAGUCAUUGCGUAUGCCUCACGGCAGUUGAAGGUACACGAGCAAAACUAUCCCACCCAUGAUUUGGAGCUAGCGGCAGUUAUAUUUGCUCUAAAGAUCUGGAGGCACUACCUUUACGGGGAACGAUGUGAGAUCUACACAGACCACAAAAGUUUGAAAUAUUUCUUCACACAGAAGGAAUUAAAUAUGAGACAGAGACGGUGGCUGGAAUUAGUGAAAGAUUACGACUGUAGCAUCAACUAUCAUCCGGGUAAAGCUAACGUGGUAGCUGAUGCUUUGAGUCGCAAAUUUGCUACGUUGUCGCAACUAACCAGCCAACAACAGUUGAUAUCGGAAUUUCAACGAUUGAAUUUGGAGGUAGUAGCGCCAAGGGAGCAGAUUAAGUUGUCAACAUUGAUCGUGAAGUCAAAUUUACUAGAUCAAAUUCGGGAAGGACAGCUGGUGGAUCAACAGUUAACAGAAUGA